CGGACAUCACACACCGGACAUCAGACACAUACUACACAAAUCCAAGGACCGAAACACCCCAGACCACAGAUCCAACAGUGUGGCUAGUUUUGCUCUCCCAUGUCCCUUUCAGACUGUUCACCCUCGCCCUCCGUUGGCUGUCGCCUUGCCCCAGCCAUGACUGGCAGGUUGGCGAGCGGGGACGGUAGCGACGGCCCAGCAAUACACGUCGAUUGGUAUACGGUCAUCGUCCUCUGGAUUCGCGAGAAAUCCGACGCGCAAUCCCCGCUAAGAGGCGUUACAGACGGGGGAGCCGCUGAGGAAGAGGAGACACGUGAGCACGCAUAUGUAGUUAGCGUUAUCUUUGUGCCGCUCGUACGUGUCAUGUUGGUUGAGGUUGAUUCAGAAGAGUCCUCCUCCCUCUCUUGGACCUCUUUGUGCCUGUGUAUCCUUCCCUCCUUCCGUCUGCUUUUUCUGUGGCCACUAUGUGUAGACUCGAGCAUCAUCGAUCCGCCCACGUGAGCGCGUCUCCGUCGGCUUCUCUGCUCGCUCCGCUGUUCAGUCAGAGCUGAGGGCGGUACAGGAGGAGGCCAGCUGACGGUAUAUGCCUCGAUGCCGCUGGAGGAUGAUGGCCUGUCGUUGCCCUCCUGAGGUAGCUUGUCUCCUGUAUCGUUGCUGUUUGGUUCGUCUUGGUCGCCGUCGUUUGACGCGGAUGGCUUACUGACAUCCUCUGUCGACGGAUUCUCGUCUGCAGAGUGUGUCCAACCUGAGGAUGAUAUGCACAUGGCACGAUCUGUGGUGGCUCACCAGCCUCCGAUUCGUUCAGUCGUUGAAGGGCGGCGUGUCGCUGUAGCAACUCCUCCUUGCCCAGCUCAUCAUCUGGAUUAGUCGGCGGGAUAAUCUGGUUGGCCUUCGAAGCAGCAGAAGCCUUCGCGUUCUUGCGCUGGUGGGCGUUGAAUGCUGCAGCCAAGCACAAAUAUACACUGCCCGAGGGUGUGUGUUGCGAGAACUGGCUUACUGAUGUAUAUGUUGUCGCCAUGCCUAAUAGCCACGGAAGAGUCCGGCCGGGGGUGUUUUGGCCGCGGCUUUGGUUUGGGCGGCGGCGACCCCUCCUGGGGCUGCUGAUCUUCAUCCGUCUCGUCUUCUGCGGGUGGUGCUGGUGGCUGUGGGGUUUCUUCGUCUUCAGCUUCCGGCUCCUGCUCGAUCUUCAUCAGGUCCGUCAAGGAAUGCUGCACGCACACGAAAUGUUCACACGUAACGCGAUAAAGAGCAUGGUGUCUCUCGUUCUCACUGGUAUGGGUUGCGUCGCCUUCUUGUGGGCGCCUUUCUUGUGAUGGCUUUCUUGUCCCUUCUUCUUGUGAUGCGAAGCUUUCUUGUGGGGUUUGUGAGACGGCUUCGCCGCAGGAGUGAGGCGGCUCUGUUGCAGAUGGGACGAAGCCCCUCUGGUCGCGUCCUGCUUGUCUUGGUCAUCAAUGGGUGCAUCGUCCACUGGAUCGGGCGGCUGCUCGUCAGAGACCUCUUUAUCAGCAGCCUGACAUGCACAUUCACGUAGACGAGGGACCGACACAACGCAGGCACACACACGCAUACGGAACGACGGCUGCGAUGCACCUGAUCUGCAUUGGUCGAUUCUUCCCCCUCGGCCUCUUCCCUGUCAUCAGCAUCAUCAGCAGCAGCAGCCGAGUGUUCAUCUUCACCGCCGGUGCUGUCAUCUUGGUCGCCGCUUGGUAGCACAGGUUCUCGCCGCCUUGCCCCUUGCAAAUGCGAGGAAGGAGCAGAGCGCUGCGACGGCGGGUCACGGGCGACAAUCGCGCCUUCAAUGGCGGCCAGCUUCCUCAGCACCUGCAUUCACCACACCCCACACCAUCCCACAAACAGCGUCCCAUGCAAUCGCUGGUGUCUCCCUCACCGACCGCAUCUUCGUUGGGGUCAUCAUCAGAACUUGCGCCGUUGUCGUUGUUGUCCUCUUGGCCGCUGUCACUCUGGGAGCUCUCUCCUUCUGUGUCGCUGCCAUCAGGACCGCCCUGUGCUGGCUUGGUGGAGCCUGGCGGAGGAGCCUUCGCUGAGUGUGCGUUGUCAAAGAGAUUGUACCACUGCAAAGAGAGGCGCAUUUAAGGAGAAAGGAGAGAUGUGUGGAAAUGCCUGGAUCCGGAGCUUUCAUGCACGUACCUUGUGCGAAUGUGUUUGUGACGGGCCUGACACACAGAGGUCGCAUUGCGACUCAACACUCUCUCCCCUCCCUCCCCUCGUUUGCCCACCGUCUGUUUUCUUCACAUCUUCAUCGCCUGCAAUGCCGGCAUGAGCCCCAAGGCCCGGCCUGGCCCUUUGCACCUCCCCCAGAUGGUCGACCACAGCCUGGGGCGCUUCGUCAUUCCUUCGUGUUUCCUGCUGCGGCAGACUGAGUGCAGAAGCACUCAUCAAGAGAGCCCAGAGCAGCACUCUAGCAGACCAACUCAUGAGCAUCCAGACUUC